AUGACCUCAAGGUUGCCUCAAUUUGACCCUCACAUUUCUGCACAUGGUUAUUCUGGUUAUGCGACCGCCCCUACGGCAGAGCUUCCUCGGCAUUCUACUAUUGUGAGCGUUGGACCUGUAUUACACAGAGCAUGGUACGGCCCACGCGGGUGGUCACUAAGAAAAAAGUUGAUUGUCGUGGGCUGCAUCGUGAUUGUCAUCGUCGGCGUUGUGGUUGGAGCUGUUGAAGGAGUGAAUCUCAACAAGUACCCAGGCUACUCAAAACUCAGCUACACUCUUAAUAAAGACACUACUAAGGAACUGAGGCCGGAGCAUGGUGAUAUCGAUGUGAUGGCAUCAAACAACAGAGGCACGCGUGGCGAUGCGAUGACCUUACAUACUUCUAAGAAUUGCAAGAUGAACACCAAGCGCAAGAGAACCGGAACUGCAAAAUACACAAACUGCCUUGUAACAGCCAAUUGUAACGCUGGCUGCGGCGUUGAAGGGAAGAUAUCAACAUAUGGAGAGGCUUUUAACAACAAUGGUGGCGGAGUAUACGCGAUGGAGCUCCGAGACGAUAAACCAAUGACAUCUCCAACUCGAGCAAUACGCCUGAUCCCUCCUCAUGGGGGGGGGAAGGGGGGGCUUUGGCUGAUUUCCCGAACACACAUUGUGACAUCGGUUCUCAUUUUUAAAACCAGAGUGUUAUCGCAAACAUCGAUAUCUGUGGUGGUUUGGCUGAAGCUUGUAUUACACGGACCUAUAUCACUGUCCUGGAACAUGCACAGAAUGGGCCGCGGAGAAUGGAGCCAGCUUUACGAAUGCUUAUUGGCAGUUUAA